AUGACUGCGGAAAAUAAUUUAUCGUUGGAUAUUUACAAGUAUCUAUGUCAGAAAAUUGGCUAUGAAGAUGAGGUUAAAGUUAGGAGAUUAACCUACGUAAUAGAUGACCUUGGGAUUCAAAGCAAUAUGAUAAACCAAAUCACAAGUGGCAGUAAAGGUGAAGGACUAAAAUUAAACGGAAGUGAUCUUGAUUUAAUGUAUAUUAAUUAUUUAUACAAAGUUUUUGAAUCAGAGAGAGACGUUGUUCCUCAAUCUGGCCGAUGUAUUUCUUUGGUAAUGGACACAGAUGAUACACAUCCAGGUUUCACACAACUACAUCUUGUCAAGGAUCAAGAUUUAACCUUCAAUCAUAGAAAAGUUAUUAAGAAUUCAUUUCUGGGGAAACACUUUUCAAGUGAACUAUAUAGACUAUAUUGUAUAGAAACCGUGACAAAUAUUGAAGGUGUAAUAUGUAAUAGUUUGGUGAAAAUUCACGGACCUUGCAUUACAACCGAAAACGAUACCGUUGAUUUAGCAUGGUGUCUUAAAUGUGACAAAUGGAUAUCCCAGGCACAACAAUGGAUCAUUAGACCUCGAACAACAUGGCCUCCUCCUGAUCUUAUUUCUAACAUUAUCUCAUGUGGUGUGUUAUUUGUUCCCAUAGGUUAUAAAGGGUCCAGGAAUGAAAAUCUACAAUGGAGAAUAUCGUUUUCAGUAGCGGAAAAGUGUCUUAUAUUUUCCUUCAAUCAUACCCAGUUGUUGUGUUAUGCGUUGUUAAAAAUAUUGAUUAAAGAA